UUGCUUUCUGGCCUUCCCUUCCUUCCCUCCCAUCCUUACUCCCCUCCUAAUUUCGUUUCGCGAUCCAGAAAAAAAAUUCCAUCUUCUCGUCGCUUUUUCAAUUUGCAACACCUAUCUCCUCCAUCCUCGUGUGAAACUUUCCUCCACGAAAAUUUUCAAGUGCGCGCACGUGGAUAGGAUUUGUAACUGUAUAUACCUUCGAGUCUGCGCGUCAAAGGAAUUCACUAGCCGUUGCGACAUUAUCCGUAACAUCAUAAAUCGAAUCGAUCGCCUCGACACGAAACAACGGAAGGAAACGUGCGAUUGAAAGUAUAUAAACGACAAACUCCAAUCUCAUCCCGCGUUUGACACGUCACAUCGUUUUUCUCCGAGAAAUAAUUUAACAGCGCACCGUGGUUCGCGAAAAAACAUGUCAACGCAACGAGGAAAUUAACGUAGGUUGAAAUGUUGGUGUUGACAUCGCUAUGAACGAGAGCCGGUGCUACGUCGAUUCGGCCGUGCUCGCUGAACAUCAACCGUUCAACCGGAAUGGGAAGGCACUCAGGGGAUCGAAGAAGAGCGUAUUGUUCUACACGACCGAUUGCGGGGACGGGAAAGAAGAUCUCGGGCACAAGCUUCAGCAAAGAUCCGUCUCUCUGACUGCUCUACACACUGGAAAUGGGACGCAACAGCAAUUUCUAGAACCAAGAAUGGCGCAACUGGAGACGUUGGAGGCGAAGAUGGCCAGUAUAGAAGUGUCGUUGUCGACCACGACGCCGAGAAGAAAGAAAGGUGGAAGUAUUUCCGGUGGGUUAACGUCCCCUGCCGGCCCCCAUCGAAACUCCAGGGACCAUUACAAGGAGUUGGACGCCCUUAGGGUCGCGCUGCGCGACAAGGAGAAUAUCAUUCAAACGUUGAAAGGGCAACUGUGCAACACGCUGACCAACAGAUUGGCACUGCGCAACGGUGGCCCGCCUUUGACCGAAGCGGACCGAAAGGCGACCGAAGAACGGCUUCAAAGGUUGCGUCGGGACGCGGAUAACAAACGAUUAGCGAUCAAGAAUUUAAAAUUGGCCUUGGAACGGCUGGAUAUCACCGACAAUAUCGACGUUCGGAUUCAACAAGCCGAGUUGGAGUACAGACUUGGACGCGAGGAACUCGAGCUUUUGACGCUUCGAGAGGAGAGCAGAGCCCUUCAGGCCGCCUUGGAAUUGGCGGAGACCCAGGAAAAGCAAAAAAACGAUACGAUAUUUAGUUGCAUCUCUGGCUCCGCUCAAGCGACGAUCCACGCGGUGGAAGUUAGCGCAGAUCCGAAAAGUCCCCGUUUCGGAGCCGGGCCGAGAGAGGACACGCCCGGCUUGUACGUCGAUUGGGCGGUCGAGGAUUCCGGAUUGUGCAAGGGGGAUAGAAUCUUGGAAGUGAACGGAAAACUCGUGGUGGGAGCGGGGAGGAGCGAUUUGGCAAGGCUGUUGGCCGUGGCGCCCGACGCCGCGCAAAUCGUCGUACUUCGAAAGGGCGAAUCCCUCGCGGCGCUCCGCACUCUUAGAUCCGAUAAUCUUAGAUUGACCCAUAGGAUCGGUUAUCUGGAGGAGCAGGUCAGGGAUCUUCUCGCACCGAGCAGAUCCGAGGUCCCCGCGGAUCCUCCACCGACCCGUCAAGAACAAGUCCAGGUUUUUCAAAAAGGGCCGCAGGUAACUGCGCUAGUCGCAAAUCUACCCGGUCUCAAUAUAAGAAAUUCGAUGGAGUUGCGGCAGAGUUUACCGACGGUAAGAAAUAGGCAUAGCGAUCAUUCGAAACGUUCGAUAGACGUGAAAAUUUCGAACGAGCUUGAUUCCUCGUUGGUUAGCGUUUCCAACGGUCAUCACAAAUCGCGAACUAAACAAAAACAUCAAGGAUCCUCGGUAACUGGAUCAACCGCGAGUUUAGAUUGCAAGGAGGCGCACGUUUCGUCGCAGCAACGUAGGAGACCACCGCGAGUCGAAUCGGCCAUGGAACACUUGUCUAACAAUCGAAAAAAUUCGUCUCGAGUACAACCGUUGGACUUUGAUUCCGAACCAACCUAUUAUCGACUGCAGGAUUCUCAAUCGCGAACGUCGGAGAAUUCCGACGUAUCAGUGGCGUAUAGUUCCCAAGAAUCGAAAUCUCGUCCGGCACCGCCGAAAAAACCGCUUCGAUUAUCCUUGCAUCGUGCGGCUAGUCUUCAAUCCGUGGAAAGCGCGCCACCAGCUACGCUUCACGACGUGGUGAAAAAACCGAUAAAGAGAAAUCACAAAAGUGACCCAUCACCGUUGGAAAAAAGUGUUCGAGCGGAAUCGAACGGAGAAGCGAAUAAUCAAACGGAAGAAUCGUACACUAACGCGUCUCAACCCCCACCAAGGACACCUUCCAGAGCGGAAUCUUGUCAGAGCGCGUUACGAUGGCCUUCUCCUAAACCGAGACCUCAUUUAACAUCUGUCACCAUGGAAAAGUGGUGUUAGAAAA